AUGAUUAACGAUAAUGAGAUUAAACGAAAGCGUCACAUUGAUGAUAUUCAUGUAAGAGUUAGCACAAAUGAUCCGGAUGUUUUACAGAAAAGAAUGUACAUUUUAUCAUUGAAUUUCUUUGAAUUACGAGAUGAAUUGCAAAAUGAUUCCUUAACUGCUACGGAUGUAUUAAAUGCUUUUGUCUGGAAGGCUGAAAUGGUGCAUAGAGAAGUUAACUGUAUUGUCGAAUUUCUUCCUGAAUCUUUUGAGCAGGCGCAAAAUUUGGAUGCACAAUGGAAUAACAUUUCUGGAAAACCUCUACUUUUUGGUUAUGAUUGCACUAUUGGACUUGCAAAAUAUUUGCAUAAACCAAUGGAGAAUGAUUGUACAUUGGUUACUUUUUGGCGAUCACAAGGUGCGAUACCAUUUGUUAUAACAACCGUGCCACAAGGAUUGUUGAGUUUUGCUUGUUGUAGUAGUUUGCAUGGAGUAACUUUGAAUCCACACUUACAUUCCAGAACACCGGGAGGCUCAUCCGGAGGGGAAUGUGCAUUAUUUAUCUCUGGUGGAAGUACGUUUGGGAUGGGAGGUGAUUUAGCUGGUAGUUUAAGGAUUCCAGCAUGUUUUUGCGGUGUUACUACCUUAAAGCUAACAGAAGAACGUUUAAGAGUGAAAUAUGUGCUAAGCGGGAUUAGCGGUAGGAGUCGUUUAUCAUUGGGUUAUGGUUUCUUCACAAAAACUGUCGCUGAACAAAUUUUCUUGCUUAAAAUCGUGCUAGGAUCAGCAGAAUAUUACGAAAUGGUUCCACAUCAGCCAUUUCUUCCUCUCGAUGAACGCAAGAUUUUUGUUCCGCAUCUUCGUAUUGGUUAUUAUGUUGACGAUGGUUUUAUGAAGCCUGUUCCAGCGUGUUCAAGAGCUGUUGCGCAAACGGUCGAGAAAUUGAAAGCAAUUGGACAUGAAAUGGUGCUUUUUCAUUUGCCUGAUCCGAAAAAUGCUGCUUCACUAUUUUAUCGUGGUCUUAUGCCAUAUGGUAGAGAUCAAUUAAUAAAAGUAUAUGCAAAUGAAUUACCGUUUUCUGUGUGCAAUAUUAUUAGUUACUUUCUGUCAUUCAUUAGUACGCCAUUAUCGAUAGUCGCCGGUUCAUAUAUUAAAAACCUUGUAGACCUACGAACGACACAAAAAAUGACUGAUCAAUACAAAGAAAAGUUUAUACAGCAAUGGAAAACACUCGAGCUGGAUGCACUUAUAUGUCCAGCAUUUACAGUUCCAGCUGUGCCGCAUGCCUAUCCAAGCCGUCUUGGAGUUUGCGCUUUUGCGACCGGUCUGUUCAACUUGUUGGAUUUUCCAGCUGGAAUUGUACCUACAGGAAGAGUAAACUCGGAAGAUGAUAAAUUAUUAGAUAAUGAAAAUUUCUGGCAUACAGGUAUCGACUUCGCACUGAAAAUGUUAAGAAAUGCAGCUCGUGAUUCAGCAGGUUUACCUUUGGCUGUGCAAGUAGUUGGUUUACCGUUGAGAGAAGAAAAAUGUUUGUCGGUAAUGAAAGAGAUCGAAAAGGUAAUCGUCCCAAAUCAGAAUUCAUAUAAUUUAGCCGUGUAUAUAACUGACGAUCAGGAAAAACCUUUCGUUUUGAACAUUCCAAAAAAACGCUUACUUUCAUAA